AUGAAUUCUCUUCUUCUCCCUCCAGCUAUGGAUGAGCCUCAUCCACCAAGCCAGCCAACUAUUGUUGAUCAUGACAGAAGCCAUAUUGACCUGAAAUGGGAAAAACCUGAAAAUGAUGGUGGCUCGCCCAUCAUUGGCUAUGACAUUGAACGCAAAGAGGUCAAGGGUAAUCGGUGGGUCAAAGUCAACAGAGUUCCAAUUCAAGAAACAAACUUCACUGAUGAUAAAGUGACUGAAAACAAGGAAUAUGAAUACAGAAUCAAAGCUGUAAAUAAGGCAGGAUCUUCUGAUCCAAGUAUUGCAUCGAAACCUGUCUUUGCUAAACCAUCAAAAGAAAAACCAAAACUCAACCUUGAUAACCUGUUUGGUGCCAAGGAGAUCCGAGUCAGAGCAGGUGAACCUCUAACCAUUCCACUUGGUAUUUGUGGAGCACCAGCACCAACUGUUGCGUGGUCAAAGAAUGGAAGGCCUGUUGGAAAUAGGGCUGAUACAACUGAGAGUGAAACAGAAGCUAAGCUUCAUAUUCCUUGUGCUGAGAAAGGAGACAGUGGCAAAUACACUAUCAAUGUUACAAAUGCUCACGGAACCGAUUCAGCUGAUAUACAAGUUGUUGUACUUGAUAAACCCGGACCUCCAACUGGUCCACUUGAUGUCAGUGAAAUCACAGCGGAAUCCUGCAAGUUGGCUUGGAAACCACCAGAAGAUUUAGGAGGUGUUGAUGUUUCAGGAUACGUUAUUGAAAAAUGUGAAGAAGGUUCAGGAUUCUGGGAAAAAGUUCCUGGAAUGGUUAUUGGAAAUUCUCACACAGUCAAGGGAUUGAAAGAUGGAAAAUCAUAUCAAUUCCGAGUAAAAGCAGAGAAUAUCUAUGGAGUCAGUGAACCCCUCACAGGCAAUAAAAUCAUUGCCAAGAAUCCAUUCGAUCCUCCUGAUUCACCAACUGGUGUGGAAAUUGUCAAAUUUGACAAGUCUUCAUGCUCACUCAAGUGGAAAGCACCAGCAUCUGAUGGAGGAAAUCCUAUCAAAGGAUACAUUAUUGAGAAGAAAGAGAGAAAAGACAAAGACUGGGUAAAAGCCAGUGUUUUCCCAAUUCCUGAUACAUCUUUCACUGUGAUGAACUUAACAGAAGGUCAAGAUGUUGAGUUUAGAGUGUCUGCUGUCAAUGAUGCUGGACCUGGCAAACCUAGCAAGACGACACCACCUCACCGUGUACAAGAUCCAGUUUUCCCUGCUGGUUCUCCUGGUGGUCUAACCCUUGACAAAGUCACCAAAGACUCUGCCACAUUGUCAUGGUCACCACCCAAGAAUGAUGGAGGCAGUAAAAUCACUGGUUACAUUGUCCAGAAGAAAAAGAAAAAUGGUGACUGGGAACCAUGUAAUACUAUUCCAAUUGAUGGCACAACAUUUACAGCUACAAAACUUCCUGAGGGUGAGGAAAUGCAGUUUAGAGUUAUUGCUGAAAAUUCUGCUGGUCCAGGAGAACCCAGCAAACCAACACAGCCUGUUGUCAUUGAGAAUCAACCUGAAAAACCAACAAUUGACCUUUCUGGUAUCAAAGACAUCACAGUUAAGGCAGGCCAAGACUUUGAGAUCAAGAUACCCUUCACAGGUGUUCCUAAGCCAACAGCUACCUGGGCUCGUGACAGUGAACCAGUUAAAGAAAAUUCUCACAUCACUAUGAAAGUGACCGAUACACAUGCUACUCUAUCUACCACCAAAUCUACUCGUCUUGAUGCUGGACGUUACACUCUCAAUCUGAAAAAUGCUUCAGGCUCAGAUUCUGUCAGUGUCAAGGUUAAUGUCCUUGAUCGUCCAUCAGCUCCCAAUGGUCCAUUUAUUGCCACAGACAUUGAUGGAGAGUCAUUGAUGUUGCAAUGGCAGCCUCCCAAAGAUUGUGGUGGUGGUGAUGUCAACAACUACAUCUUGGAAAAGAAAAAGCAUGGGUCCAAUAAGUGGACGAAAUGCAGCAGCUUUAUCAACAACCCCAAAUUUACUGUCCGUAAUUUGGAGCCUGGCUGUGAAUAUGAUUUCCGUGUGAUGGCAGAAAACGACCAGGGUGUUAGCGAUGCUCUUGAAACUAAUGAGCCAGUAUUGGCUAAACUUCCAUACGACCCACCAAGUGCACCAGGCAUUCCCAAGGUCCAGGGUGUAACUGAAGAUUCCGUUACACUUUCGUGGAAUCCUCCAAAGAAAGAUGGCGGUAGUCCGCUGUAUGGCUACAUUGUUGAGAAAAGAGAAAAGGGAGACACCAAAUGGGUCAAAGCUAACCAUAGUGAAAUUCCAGAAGAGGAAUUUACUGUCCGUGGUUUGACUGAAGGUAAAGAGUAUGAAUUCCGCAUUUGUGCUGUUAAUGCAGCUGGUCCAGGAGCAUACAGUGAAACCUCUGAGGCAGUACAAGCUCGCUCACCUCCAGUGGCUCCCAGAAUCAACAUGGAUUAUUUGGUGCGUGACGUCACAGCAGUGCUUGGUGAAGAAUUCAAGAUUGUUAUACCUUUCACUGGAAAUCCUGUUCCUGACUAUACCUUUAAAUUGGGAAAAGUAACUCUUGCUGACAAUAAUCGCAUCAAACUGAACUCAUCCCUUGAUCAGAUUGUGAUGCUGAACAGGAAGGCAGAAAAAGAUGAUGAAGGCAAAUAUACAAUCACACUUUCAAAUGAAAAAGGAUUUGACACUGUCAAUGUCCAUGUCACCAUUGUUGAUAAACCAGGUUCUCCUGAAGGUCCAUUAGCAAUAUCCGAAAUCACUCCAGAUUCCUGCUGUUUGGAAUGGAAACCACCAAAGGAUAAUGGAGGAAGUUCUGUUACAAAUUACAUCGUUGAAAAGAUGGACAUUGCAAGUGGGAAAUGGGAGCCAUGCAGCCGGUUUGUGCGAGGCACAUCAUACGAGGUGAUGGGUCUUGUAGAAGGACACAGUUACAAAUUCCGUGUUUCUGCUGAAAAUGAGUAUGGUGCUGGAACACCCCUCGAAUCUGUGUCUCCCAUUGUUGCAGCUCAUCAAUUUAGUAAGCAUUACUUUCUUUCUUCCCUACUUUCUUUCUUCCAUUCUUUCUUUUUACCUUCCUUUCUUUUUCUCUUUCUUUCUUUCUUUCUUUCUUUCUUUCUUUCUUUCUUUCAUUUUCAUUUUUUCCUUCUUUAUUUUUCUCUCUUUCUAUCUCUUUCUCUCUUUCUUUUUCUCUUUAUUUUCUUUUUCUUUCUUUCUUUCUUUCUUUCAUUUUCAUUUUUUCUUUCUUUAUUUUUCUCUCUUUCUAUCUCUUUCUCUCUUUCUUUUUCUCUUUAUUUUCUUUUUCUUUCUUUCUUUCUUUCUUUCUUUUUCUCUUUCUUUCUUUGUCCUUUUCUUUCUUUCUUUCUUUCUUUUUCCCUCUUUCUUUUUUCACUUUCUUUCUUUCCUUCUUUCUUUCUUCCAUUCUUUCUUUUUACCUUCCUUUCUUUUUCUCUUUCUUUCUUUCUUUCUUUCUUUCUUUCUUUCUUUCAUUUUCAUUUUUUCUUUCUUUUUCUCUCUUUCUAUCUCUUUCUCUCUUUCUUUUUCUCUUUCUUUCUCUCUUUCUUUUUCUUUCUUUCUUUCUUUCUUUUUCUCUUUCUUUCUUUGUCCUUUUCUUUCUUUCUUUCUUUCUUUCUUUCUUUCUUUUUCCCUCUUUCUUUUUCACUUUAUUUCUUUCCUUCUUUCUUUCUUCCAUUCUUUCUUUUUACCUUCCUUUCUUUCUUUCUUUCUUUCUUUCUUUCUUUCUUUCUUUCUUUCUUUCUUUCUUUUUCAUUCUUUCUUUCUUUCUUUCUUUCUUUCUUUUCCCCUCUUUCUUAUUUCACUUUCUUUCUUUCUUUCCUUCUUUCUUUCUUUCAGACCAAACAGUCUACUCCAUCAUCACCUGGGGUCCCAGAAAUUCUGGAUGUUGAUGACAAAUCAGUUAGUCUUGCUUGGACUCGUCCUAAGGAAGAUGGUGGCAAGAAAGUCCAAGGAUAUAUUGUGGAAUACAAGGAAGCUGGAAGUAAGAAAUGGAAGCCUGCCACAGAGUUUGCAGUUAAAGACACAAUGUACACAGUGGAUGGAUUGGAGAAAGAUGGUGAAUAUGAAUUUAGGGUCAGGGCUAAAAACUUGGCUGGCCUUAGCGAACCAAGUGAUAGCACAGGUUCAGUUGUGUGCAAACCAAAGUACGUUAAACCUUCUUCUUGUUCCCAACCCUAUGCUACAAAUGUGGGCCGCAGCUUUGUUGAACUUAAAUGGGACAAGCCAAGGCAAGAUGGCGGAAGCAAAAUUACUGGUUACCUUAUUGAAAGGAAAGAUCCACAUUCUAACCAAUGGAUUAAGGUUAAUGACUAUCCUGUCAUUGACACAAAUUACACUGUCUCAAAUUUGCCAGAAAAUUCUGAACAGGAAUUCCGUGUCAGCGCCAUCAAUGCUGCUGGACCAGGUGAUCCAAGUCCUUCCAGCGGACCCAUCAAGGUGAAGGAAAAGGUCGUUGGUUGUGUUCCAGAAUUUACUCGGAAGCUGAUGAACUGUACUUCAGCAGUUGGAGGAAAAGCUACUUUCACUGUUGAAGUGCAUGGAAAGCCAGAUCCAGAACUUCGCUGGUACAAAAAUGGUGUGGAAGUUGGUACCAACCAGAGAGCUGCAGUGAAACGAGAUAAUGAUGUCUACACUCUGACACUCUCAGAUGUUGAAGCUUCAGAUGCUGGUGACAUUACCUGUGAUGUCAUCAAUAACAUGGGAAAAUCCAGCUGCUCAUGUACCUUCACGGUCAAAGCUCCUCCCAAAUUUGACAAAACCAUUAAUGAUCAAAUUUGUCAGGUUGGGGAACAAUUUAAACUGAAGGUUCCAUUCAGUGGAUCAGGUCCAUUCAACUUUAAGCUUAAAAAGGAUGGCAAAGAAUUGCCAGAGAGUGACCGUGUAAGAAUAUCAGUCUUUGAUGAUUAUGUCAUCAUUCUUUUGAAAGAUGCUAACAAAGAUGAUAGUGCCAAAUAUACACUGGAACUUGGAAAUGAGAGUGGAAAUGUCUCCUCAGCUUUCAACCUUAAAAUUGUCAGUGCUCCCAGUCCACCCCAAGGACCUCUCAAUGUAUCAGACAUUACCAAAAGCACCUGCAGCUUAUCCUGGAAAGCACCCAAAGAAGAUGGUGGAGCUAAAAUUACACAUUACAUUAUUGAGCGUCAAGAAACUACUAAACCAUAUUGGUUGACUGUUUCCACAUGCUGUAAGGAUACCAACUUUGAUGUGCAAGGACUCUAUGAGAAUAAUGUCUACAACUUCCGUGUCUCUGCUGUUAAUGAAUUUGGUGCUAGUGAAUUCCUUACAACCACUAGUCCAAUCAUUGCCAAGAUGCCAUUUGAUGCUCCUGCUUCACCUGGUAUUCCCGAGGUAACUGAAGUGGGAGGUGAUUUUGUCAGUCUCAGCUGGGAUCGGCCAGCCAGUGAUGGAGGUGGAAAGAUUCUGGGCUACUGGAUUGAAAAGAGAGAGCAUGGUUCGGAGAACUGGAGCAGAGUUAAUUUGCAACCUUGCCUGCCAACCAUGUUCAAUAUUCCCAACUUAAUAGAGGACAGACAGUACGAAUUCAGGAUAUUUGCUGAGAAUGAAGCAGGCAUGAGCCAACCUUCUACAGCCUCCAAAGCAGUCAAAGUUAAAGACCCUAAAGCUGCCACAGUUCCAGAAUUUGGUGCACCACUUAAAAAGACCGUGGGCGUUGAGGGUAAAAGCGUUAAGUUUGAAUGCACCGUCACUGGCACACCAAAACCAGAAAUUAGCUGGUUUAAGGGCGUACGUGAAUUGUUUGAUAGCGACAAAUAUGAAAUAACUGAGGAAGGGGAUAAAUAUACUCUCACUAUCCGUGAUGUUUUUGGUGAAGAUGCCGAUGAGUAUCAAGUCCGUGCAAGCAACAGAGGUGGAAGCCGAUCAUCUAGAGCAGAUUUAGAAAUCAAAUCUUCUCCCAAAAUUAAUGUUCCACCUCGUUUCCGUGAGAUCUCCACUUUUGAGAAGGGUGAAUCUGCAGUCAUCAAAAUUCCUUUCACGGGCAAUCCUAAACCAACCAUCAAGUGGAUCCGUGAUGGUGAAGAACUUCGAGGAUCUCAUUACCACAUCGAAGUGACAGACAGACAUGCCAUCCUUACAAUUAAGGAUGCUAACAAAGAUGAUGAUGGGCCUUACCGUCUUCAAGUAGAGAAUGACUUAGGAAUCGACAGUGCAAUUAUCAAGAUUCAAGUUAACGAUCGUCCUGAUCCUCCACGUUUCCCUGUGUGUGAGAAUAUUAGAGAUGAUUCUGUUGUGUUAUCUUGGAAGCCUCCUCUUAAUGAUGGUGGUAGUUUUAUCACUGAUUACAUCAUUGAAAAGCUUGAACCACCUCAGCAGAAUUGGGUCAGAUGUGCUACAACAAGGAUGUGCUUUCACAACAUCACUGGUCUUUCAGUUGACAAAGACUAUGAAUUUAGAGUAUGUGCAGAAAACUUUUAUGGACGUAGUGAUCCCUGUGAAGGCACUGAAACUAUUCAUACAGACAUUCCCGAUGAUGUCAAGAAGAAGAAACAGCUUGAAGAUGAAUUUGGAAGAAAGAUCAGAGGCAGUUACACUGGACCCAAGAUCAAUGACUAUGAUAAAUUUUAUGAGAAUAUUUGGAAGAAAUAUGUACCUCAACCUGUCGAAAUCAAGAUGGGCAGCGUUUAUGAUUACUACGAUAUUCUUGAAGAGUUAGGAAGUGGAGCAUUUGGUGUGGUCCAUCGUUGCAUUGAGAAAUCCACUGGGCGUGUGUUUGUGGCCAAGUUCAUCAACACACCUUAUCCUUUAGAUAAGGUGACUGUCAGGAAUGAAAUUAAUGUGAUGAAUCAGCUGCAUCACCCACAGCUCAUGAACUUACACGACGCUUUCGAUGAUAAAUAUGAAAUGGUUCUCAUCUUUGAGUUGUAA